ACGCACGUGGCCCCGCCCCCGGCUGACGUAUGACAGCACAGGAAGCAUCUCAUUUUCACAAUGAGAGUUCAGUUAGCGAGCUGAGAGAAGUUUUAGCAGCGAGUGAGGAGAAGAGAGAGAGGAGAAGAGCUUCAUCAGAGAGAGAGAGAGAGAGAGUUUAUAAAGUGAAGGAAAAGUAAAAGAAGUGAUUAGAAGCGCUUUAGAGAGAGAGAGAGAGAGAGAGAGAGAGGCAGAGGGAGGAAGGCCAGAUGUGCAGCUUGUGUGCUUCUCACUUCUCGCUAGUUCUGGCGUGAAAAACUCCCAGAGGAAACUCGGUGAUGGCGCAGGACGGAGGUGUGCAGUACGAGCCGGUGGCGGAGAUCGGCGGCGGCGCCUACGGGACGGUGUAUAAAGCGCGAGAUAAAGAGAGCGGCAAGUUCGUGGCUCUGAAGAGCGUCAGAGUGCAGACGGAUCAGGAGGGACUUCCUCUGUCCACUGUGAGAGAGGUCGCUCUGCUCAGACGCCUGGAACAGUUCGACCAUCCCAACAUCGUCAAGCUGAUGGAUGUGUGUGCGAGUUUGAGGACGGAGCAGGAGACGAAGGUGACGUUGGUGUUUGAACACGUGGAUCAGGAUUUGAAGACAUAUCUGGAGAAAGCUCCGCCCCCUGGACUGCCCCUUCACCGUGUCAAGGAUCUGAUGCAUCAGCUGCUGUGUGGUUUGUCAUUCCUUCACUCUCACCUGGUUCUCCAUCGGGACCUGAAGCCGGAGAACAUCCUGGUGACGAGUCGCGGUCAGAUCAAACUCGCCGACUUCGGCCUGGCGCGAAUAUACAGCUGUACCAUGGCUCUAACACCUGUGGUGGUGACGUUGUGGUACCGUUCUCCGGAGGUUCUGCUCCGUUCCAGUUACGCCACGCCUGUGGAUCUGUGGAGCACCGGCUGCGUCUUCGCUGAGAUGUUCACGCGCAAGCCGCUGUUUUGUGGAGAAUCAGAAGUGGACCAGCUGACCAAGAUCUUUUCUGUGAUUGGUCUGCCGAGCGAGGAGGAGUGGCCUAAUGAUGUCACACUGUCACGAGAAAACUUCAGUCCUCAGAAUCCUCAGCCAAUCACAGAUCACAUCCCUGAGUUAACCAAUGAGGGGGCGGAUCUGCUCAUGAAACUGUUGACCUUUGACCCCCUGAGGCGGAUCUCGGCACUGAAAGCUCUGGAGCACGGCUUCUUCUCUGACCAAUCAGAUAACGCGUAGAGAAGCGACAGGCUGCCGUUAAAGAAAACUCCGGAAUUCUGAUUUUAGUGCGAGUUUAUUCACUUCAUCAGAUGAUGUCAUGAAAUCACAGGGACCAAAAACUGACCUUUAACCCACGUUUGUGUUUAACGUCACGUGUACAGCAUGGCUAAUGUUUUAUUUUUCUUAUUUCCUUAUCGUACUAAUCCCCGCUCGGCCAAGGGGUCGGUAACGCUCAGGGUCCUGAGCCGCUCGAGACGUGAGGAGCGAACAGCGCGUCACACACACACACACACACACACACACACACACACACACACACACACACACUGUAAUGUCGCUCAGCGAACACUGCCGUUUAUUUGACACUGUCUCUGUUCAGACUAAACACCGUCAGUGUUAAUAACAUUAAACUCCUGAUUAUUCUCAGCACACGUCUGACUUUAACAGCGAGAGCUCUGCGCCGCGUCCCGCUUCCUCCACGCGGCGUUAAUUCAGGCCUCACGCCGAACUGGAGCCUCUGAGCUUCCAUCACUGCUUAGCCACGUUAGCCUUGUAGCUCCACCAACUGCGUCUCAGCUGAUCGACUACAUCUGGGGUAAAAGGGACAUUUUACUUUUUACUUUCAACUGAACUGUUUCUUUUAGGGAUUUUUUUAAAGAAUUUUUUUAAAUGAUCGAUGAAAUCAUUUCACUCAGAAACACAACGCACAGCAGCAACGCCAGAAAUGCAACAGCUCCAGAACAGAAAUAAUCAAACAGCGUGCAGUUCGAACCGUCUGAUCAGAUCUACCCGUUAAUCCGUUUCAAGCCAUCCAUCCAAUAAUCGCUAGUUUCUUAGAUUUCAGAUUAUUUCUAUUUUUAUAAACAGUUAAUCAGCAGAUAAUAAACAGAACAAUUUUCCACUUUAGAAUAAAAUAGCGAUGUAGCGAUGAGCGCCAAGUCGAGAAAAUUAAUCAUUUCUGUUCUUUUUUUUUUUUUCUGGGAAUAUUUUUUAAAAUAUAAAAUACAUCUAUAAUAAGUAAAAGUGCCGUUAUAAUUAUUAUUAUUAUUAUUAUUGCAGGAUAAUCUGGAGGACAGAGGAGAGCUGGUAGUAAAUGAUCGUAUUGCUCUAACUGCCUAAACUUUUAUUACUCUUUACAGUAAAAUUGUAAAUGUUCUGCAGCGCUGAUUAUUAAAAUGAAAGCCGUUAGAGGAUUUCUGUCCUGAACGAAGCACAAAGACAGACGAUGUUCUUCAUGAUAAGAACGUUGUGUGUGUUUGAUUUAAUCUCUGAUUAAAAUGUGGGGUGAGGGGCGGAGACACUGCGCUCCUCGUCAUCAUCAGUGUUAGCGUUUUACUUUAACACGUAAUUAAGAAAGAUACAGGAGUUAAAGUGAAUGUGGAGAUGUAUAAAUAUAGAACCGAGUAUGACAGUACACACACACACACACACACACACACACACACACGCUCGGUUCUCCGCUCUGUUAUUAACCCGUACCUGAAUGUGUUCAUGUUCUCAGUGUUUAUUAUUCCGUUUAGUUCGUGUGUGUGUUCUGCUUUAGUCAUUAAGAACAGUGAAUGUUGGUCUCUUGAGAAUUUGCUGUUAAUUUUCUCAUUAAACUCCAUUUUCUCUUUCACUCUUCA